AUGGACAUGCAGUCGCUCAACGAGGAAGGACAACCAGAAAAGAAGAAAAAUCAAUCAACGAAGACAAAGUCAGUCCUCCAGUUGAAGCUGAACAAACUGACCAUGCAGAUCGGCAAAGCAGGUAUCAUCGACAGCACUGUGCUGGAGAAGAGGCAGGUUGUCGCGGUAACUGGAGAUGGAACAAAUGAUGGCCCUGCCCUCCAGAAAGCAGAUGUUGGCUUUGCCAAGCGCCGGACCCUGAUCAUCUCUGAGCUGGAGACCCAUGGGGCGCUGGAGACGCCUCUGACCAAACAGGUAGAGAACCUGGAGACAGAGAUGGCCCUCAGGAAUGCCCAGAUAGCCGACCUCCAGCGGAAAGUCCUCGUCGCCGACAGCGAGGGGCGCCUGAAACAGCGCUUCGACUGCAUUACAAGCAUAGUGGAUGCCAAGUGUGCCCUUAAGCUCCUCGUGUCUGAGCUGGUUUCUGCGAAAACCGCCAGUGGCAAGCUGGAGAGCGAGCUAAAACAGGAGGCGGGGAAUGCUCAGGACCUGAGGAAGACCAUGGCUGACGAGAGGAGCGUCAUGUCCACCAUGGACAUGGAGCACCAGGUGCAGAUGGUGGAGCUCGAGCAGAGGCAUCAAGAGAAGGUCCUGUACCUCCUUAACCAAAUAAAGAACAAAACCAUAUGUGAAGAGUCGGCCGAAACAAAGGAGGAAGAGGAGAGCGCGAAGGAGAAGGAGCUGUUCCAGCGCCUCCAAAUUCAGGAAGAAGAGCUUGAAAAGCUACGAGGAUUAAGAGAGCAGCACCAGGCGCUGUUGGAGGAGAAUGAGCAGUGUAAACAGAAAAUCUCUUUGCUCAACCUGGCCAGUCAUAAGAAGGUCCUCAUGCCUACGGCCACCAACGGUUCCAACAAUGCGGACGACUCGUUUGAGUACCUUCCUCCAAAGCCCAAAGGGAGGCGCUUUACCACCACAGCCAAGGUGCAGCAGGACAUGGACAUCAACAUGGACGAGCUGACGUCCGACGAUGAGCAGAGUGAGGAUGAGUGGCGCCCUGUGAAAGCUGGGACCCGCAGAGCCUCAAAAAAAACAAAAGCUACGGGGUGUGCGUGUAAAGGUCGCUGCAGUAACCGGUUAUGCAGGUGCCGUAAAGGGAAGAUGAGCUGCGGGGAGAACUGUCAGUGUGGCCGUGAGAAGUGUCGAAAUAUGGAUCCCGAGGAUGGAAGUCAGGCAGACAGUGUUCGCAAAGACUCUCUUCAGGAUCCCACUUCCUUCAGCCCGGACAACAGCACAUUCUUCAAGCCGCCAUCUUGUAAACCCACUAAGAAGGUGCUAAAAGAACUCGGUGACAUGGGACACACCACUGCAGACCUGAAGCUGGCACGGAAGCCUCUCCUGCCAGAGGAAGAGGAAGAGGAAGAGGAGGAGGAGGAGGAGGAGGUCACGGAGGAGGACACGGAGGACAGAACAACAGCCAGCUUCCUCAAGAAGAAGAAAAGAAUCCUGACCAGCUUUCAGAACAGCUUCUUCUCUGGAUGCACUCCCAUCAGAGAGGAGUCUUAAUCAGGGUACUUUAUCCAACAUCGAACAGCCUUUUAAUGUUUUCACUCUGACCAGAGCUAAAUAAAGUCUUACUUUCAAA